ACGUCGCGGGCUCGCUAUAUGAAUGUAUAAACGCAUUACCGGUCUAGCCAAAGCCGCGAGGAAGCCAAGAUGGCUUCAGACUGCAACGAAACCCAACUCUUUGCAGGCGCGCCAGCGUCCUGCACUUUCCAGCAAGCAUAUCCGAUAGUUUGUAGUAAUUUAGGCGGUACCGGGUGGUGCUCCGCGGUCAGAAUGGUGUGCCGAGGCCUUCGCGAGGCCCACGACAAUGCGUGCCAGCAUCUUAUUUUGCCCCUGGCUAAUGGCGAUACGCUCAGGGCUCUCGGCUGCGCUCACCGGGGCCCAGCGGUCACACACAAGGACGUCACGAGGCUUCUCUGCAAGGAGCUCAAGCCGCGCACGCUCCUUGUCUACGCUCAAGGAGCCUCCAAGAUUGAGACGCUGGUAAAUGCCUGCUCGAGCCCUGCCUGCUCGGAGGUUGAGGAGCUGCGUAUCUUCGGUUCUAUGCGCCUAUCGCCGGCUUCGGCCCCGCGUGGCCUGCGCGAACCAGGGAGCGUCGCCGCGCGCCUGGCAGCGGCGCUUCCCAACCUGCGGCGCCUGUGCAUCGCAACCGACUCGCUGCUCGACACAGGCGCGCACCUACGGCAGACGGAGCCGCUGGUCUCCGUAUCGCUCCUCUCUCCCUCCGCUUCGGCGUGCUCCUCCCUCUCAGCCGCAGCCGCCACCGCGGACGCAGCGGGCGUCCUCUCGCCGCGCGCUUGCGGCACGCCUCGCAGCAACUUCUUCGGUCAUGACGUCGGAAGCGCCGGCGCCGGUGCUGACGUCGACAGCUGCCUCGACAUGGAAGUCGGCGGCGUGGGCGUGAGCAUGGAGGUGUGGCUGCUGCGGCUGCUGGGGCCGCGGCUGCAGGCGCUCACGCUGCAGCCCCUGGUGCGCGAGAUGCCCACCGGCGCGCCCCGUGGUGCCAUCCACUACCUGCCCCUUACAAGCGCCGACGCCUUCACCACCUCACAAGACCCGGAGUCCUCGCCGCUGUGGGCGGCGCUGUGCAGCCUCAAGGGCCUGCGAGAGCUGGACCUGGGCUGUCAGCUGCUGCCGGCCUGGCUCUUCCCAGCGGUGCCGCGGCCGCGGGCGCCGCCGCCGCGCGGCGGCGCCGCGUCGACGCCGGCGGCCUGGUUGGCAGCGGCGGCAGGCGCCGGGGGCUCAGCGGGUGCCGGCGGCGGGCCGCGGCCCGGCGUGUGCGUGCAGUCGUGGAUGCGCAUGGCUCUGAGUGGCUCGGCUGCGUCCGGCUCGGCGCCGGGUGUGUCGUCCUCGGGUGGCUACGACUCGGGCUGCUACACGGAUGGCGACACAAGUGACGACGAGGCGGAGGAGCAGGCAGCGGCCGCCGCCUGCGGCGGCCUGGCGGCGGUGUGGCCACAGCUCACGCGUCUGGCUGCCGGCGGAAUCCUGGGCCUCGCGGCGCCGAGUGACGACGGCGGCUCGAAGCAAGGCGGCUACAGUGGCGGCGCCGCCCCAAGCGGCCUGGCGCUGCCGCCGCGGGGGUUCCGGCAGCUGCAGCUACGCGAGCCGCAGUCGGUGGCGGCGCUGGCGGCCGUGUAUCGCGCCACAGCAGCUGCGGAGGCGCUGGCCGCGGCGGCAGAGGCGCGCGCGGUGGCGGCGGAGGCGCGCGGUGGUCUACGGCCGCGGCAGCUGUGGGCCGCAGCUGCGGCGGAGGGCUUCUCUCUGGGCGCCACCAGCGGUUUCUGCCACGGCGGCGCCGCCGACGCGUCUGGCUACACGCCGGGGACCUUCAUGCCGCCAAGCACGUGCCUCUACGGCGAGCCACCAGCUGUGUCGACGGCGCUGGGGCAGGGCUACGAGCCUGACAGCCCCGCCGUCACGGUGGCGGCUGCCGCCGCUGCCGGCACCUCCUCCUGCCCCGCCUCGCCCGCUGCCGCCGCCAAGGCCGCGCAGUCGGGCAUCCAUGCGCCGUGCUCCGCCUCCUGCUCGAGCUGUGCGGCAGCGCUGGCAUCCACGCUGGGUGUGUUGGGUCAGGUGAUGGCCCGGUCGCCCGGUGGUGGGCUGGUGCCCCAGCCCAACGUGCUGCUCCUUCACACCAGCCACAUCGCGCCGUGGGCGCAUGACGGCGCCGAUGCGUCGUGCGCGUCGCCUUUGUCGUCCCUGUCUGAGUCGCCCGAGCGCGAGCCGCACCGCCACCAAGGCCAACUCAGCCGCCUGCAGCACAAGCCCCAGCACCAGCGGCACCAGAACCGCCACCGCAACCCCCAGCAGCAGCAGCAGCAGCAACAGCAGCACCGGCAGCAGCCACAACAGCCUGCGCGCACGCAACACAGACCCCAGCAACAGCAGCGCAGUCGUGACCAACGCGUACCGACCGCAGCUGUGUCGACCGCCGCAGCCGCUGACGCAGCCGGCGCGGCGCUGGCAAGGCGUCUCCGGGAGCGCAACCCAGCACGGCGACCAUCCGCCGCGCCGCACUUGCCCACACACAACGAAGACGAGGAGGGCGAGCAGCACAAGCGAAGACAACAACAUUCUUCAUUCUUCACCGCAACGCGCGGCGCGCAGCGCGGCGGCAUUAAUUCAAGCGAGGCGUCUUCAUCGGAUGAGGAUCGGAGCAAUGAUGGGGAUCAGGAGUGUUCGGACGAGCACACAAUUCAGCCACGCCACGAUUUGAUGGCGGAUGCUGUCGCCUUGCUGGUGCGUGCCGGCGGCCGCUGCCGCGCGCUCACGGUCCGCAUGUCGGAGAGCCCCGCCGCCGCAGGCGUGACGGCGGGAGCCGCCGGCGCGCCGCCGCCUGGCGGCGGCGGCAGUUGCUGUGCCGGCAGCUUUUGGCGCUACGGCUGCCGCGCCGCAGAGGGGCCCCACAAGCCCUGGCUGGCCGCGCUUGCGCCGCUGGACGCUGCAGGGCUGCGGACACUGACGCUGUGCUGCUUUUCAUUUGAGCCCGGCGACAUGGCCACGCUGGCGGCAGCGCUGCCGGGGCUGCGAGACGGCGGCUGCCUCGUUCUUGAGCACUGCCCGCUCCCGGCAAGCGCGGCAGCGGAGCUGCGCGGCUUCGCCGAGGUGCGCUGCCGCGGCCUCCCGCCGCCGCAGCCACUGCUGCUGUCUCAGCGUUCCCAGCCGCAGCUGGCGCUGACGCGGGCGGCGCAAGAGCUACAGGACCAGUUGCAGCUGCUGCGGCUGCGGCGGCGGUCGUCAUCCGGGACCUGGCACAGCGCAAACGGCGGCGACAACGACUCUCUGUCUGCUGCGGUGGCUGCCGCGACUACCAGGGGCGGCGCGUCCCGGUUUGGCGGUAACUGCGAAGGCCAGCGCGCCGCUCGGGCGCCUCAGGCGGCGGCGGCAGCGGCGGCUACGAAGCCCGAGGCCCAUGUUCCUGACGACCAAGACGACAAGCUCACCUGGUCACGUGUGCGCAUCGCGCCCUGGGUGGAAGCGGCGGAAGCGCGCGCCCGUGCCGGUCGGCAGGCAGCUGCAGCCGCAGCUGUAGCCGCGCUGCCGGCUGCUGACAUGCAGGCUCCAUGUGCUGCCGUAGCGCCCAUCUCUCCGGUGCAAAGCGCAGCGGCCGCCUGCCAAGCGGCGCGGGCGAAUGGAGCUGCGCCACUGCAGAUCUCAGGCACCCCCACCAGCUGCUACAGCACGAGCAGCAACAGCGCCAGCAGCAGCAGCCACACGGGGCCUGCGGGCGGCUCGGCCGGUACCGGCGACGACUGGGUCCGGCCGCUGCAGCCGCGCGGCCGGUGGCAGUCGGACUGCGGCAUUACCGCCUCUGCCGCCCCGCCUCUUCCCUUGCUUGGCAGCGGCGGCGUGCAGCCGUGCGCGGCCGCCGCCACCGCGAUGGAUGCCGCCGCGCGCUGUGGCGGCAAGCAGGGCGGCGGCCGUACCGGCAACACGUGCGCUGACAGUGCGCCCGCCUAUGCCGCGUCGUGCACGCUCGCGUGCGCAGACGACAACGACAACGCAGGGGAGCACGCCGCGCCGCGGCAGCAGGCGGCACACAGGCAGGACGGCAGCGGCGUGCGGGGGACGAGCAGCAGUGUUAACAGCGGCAACAGCGGCAACGGUAGCGGCGCCAGGGUGCGGCGGCCGGCCGGCAAUCUCGCCCUCGCUCUGAGGGCCUCUGCUUCGUCACAGCGGCGCCGCGCUGGAGCAUCUGCCUCUCCUGGCAGCUGAGAAGCGUUUGCGGUGAGCGAGUAGUAACGGACCGACGCAUGGCGUUGGCUGAGAAUGAGGGGCCGUGGUUGUGAGGAAAAGGCCGUGAGACCAUUGGUGUCCUGCAUUGUGGACCAAGCUAGUGCGCCCGAACGGUACCGGUAAAGGCAAUCGAACGACGGGACGUGCCCGAACGAUUGAGUUUGACUUACACAUUGCUAGCCUUUUUAACCAAGCAUUGAUGACAGGUGCCUUCGUUACUCAGUUACAUUCAUCGGCUGUAGAGGUUGUGCCUGUGUGCUUCCUCCGACCCUGUUGUUAGUAGUAGCAGUAGCGCUCAUGAGCACUUGCGUAGUUGCGAGUGGCGGUCUGUCCAGUCGGUUUGCCACGUUUGGGUAGUCGUGCAGAACAUCUCUGCUUUCGAACAUAACUCAACAUGGGAAUGCGUGGUAGUCAGUUUGUGAGCGCGCUAGUGUGGCCGCAUGAAUGAUGCUUAAGGGUUUAAAAUGGUUGUGGUGGGGCUCAGGUGGGCUGAUGGGUGAUCGAGCAUUCGCGGGUGCUGUCGCCGCUUACAUUGAACAUUUGACAGGACAAGCCAGGCUAUACUGAACGCGUCUUCGCGUGCCCUUGGCAGGGUGUGGUUGGUUCCGGCCCGGCCAUGCUUAGGUUGCGCUGACCGUGCAUGCGUUCCGGCGGGCGCUUCCCACCUCUGUUGCGAGACUGCGUAUAGCGUACGACGGACCCGAGUCCGUUCUCAUUUGGUAUAUCAAAACGGUAAAAGUACAAGUAGUUUGGGUGUGCAUGUUUCUUGAGCGUCUGGGAGGCGUGGCGUAGACGUUUGGGGUGGCGUAACAAGCGGUUUGCUCGUUCUGUGCGCAGUGUUGAUGGAUACCAGUAAGUGGCUUGCUUCAGCGUGGCGCGGGAGAAUUACACACGGGGUUUGUUGAGUACUUAAUCGGCGCAGCGCUGUGCGUCUUUGUUAAGACACACGCAUGGUCGGUCGCGUGGUUUGCGGUCGCAGCGCGUGCGGUGUCGUGUUUGGUUUCGUUUGGUCCACCCGGUGAAUUGGUAGUGGUUGUUUGUGGGUGGGAUUUAAGUAACCGGCAAUCGCUAAGAGCCCGCUCGGGGUGAGCAGUACAUGAUGACGUAUCUGGCGGGCCAUGUAGGUGCCAGGACAUACGAAGUUGCUUAGCAGCAACAAGGAGGCGCCGAUGAGUGACCAUCCACAACUGAACAACAUAAACUUCAAUGUAGGGCAGGUGCUUUGUAGGGACUGUGUACCGUGCUGAUAGCUGCAUGGCGGGAGACUGGGCCCGUGUGGAUGGACGUGCGGGAAGGGCUGGGCGGGCGUGUGUGAGCGGUUGCGUGCGGGCGUGUGGAUGCCGCCAGGUACUGGCAAGUGGCAUUGGGCGUACGGUUUGCGGGCUGGAGGGUCGCGCCCGCACCACAGUGCAAGGCAUGUGAGGCGGCGGCAGAGGUGGAGACUGUGUUGGGGACGGUAGGUGUGGCGGCAAGACCAUGGCGGCAAGACCACGGGCGCAUAGCACUCGGGCGCCAGUGGGGGGGGGGUCUCUGGUCAGCGGGUGUAGUAGUGUAGGCACGGGGCCCGAGAUGGGCUGUCGUUGUGUAGGCCUAGCUGGGCAAGGGCUGCAGGCAGUCCCCAGCCGUGUGGGUUUUCUGACGUGCAAUGGGAACUACAGUAGGUGGGCGGGCACACGGCCACUGGGCAACCGCACCGGUGCGGACACCCACUUGCAAGCUGGGAAGAUUGUUUGAUGGAACUAUGGUAGGUAGAGCAGCGCGCCCGUAUUUUAGGUUUGUCUGCCGAGACAACCGGGGCAAGGGCAGAGAAUUCAUACGGGGCUGGCGUACAUUGCGCCGUUGUGUGUAAUUGGGAGCACAA